UCUUGGAUAGUGCGCAUAAACAUGAAGACCCUUAUCGUUUUAUCGUGCCUCUCGUUGUCGACGCUAGCUUUGCCGACGUACGCGCCUUAUCAGCCGUACGUUAACGGAGUGCAUGGCGGAGGAUAUUAUCACGGACCAGCAGCCCCGUUGGCUCAUGACGGUCGGGUGGUUGACACACCGGAAGUGGCUCACGCCAAAAAAGCACAUUUAGCAGCGCAUGCAGCGGAAGCUGCCAAAACAGCACAUUAUGGAGGAGGUUAUGGAGGAGGAUAUUACGGGGGCGGAGAUGGAGGUUACUAUGACGGAGGUUUUGCAGGAUACAAGGGCAUAAUUGCUCCCGCAGGUGGAAGUCACGGUUACUCCGGAUAUCAUGGCAAAUAUCAUGGUCCACCAGCACCGCUCGGUCACGAUGGACAAGUAGUGGAUACGCCGGAAGUGGCCCAUGCCAAGGCCGCGCAUCUCACCGCCCACGCUCACGAAUUGUCCAAGGUUGCUCAUCUAUCGUACGCGAACACCUAUCCGCACAUCUCGUACGUGCCGACAGCCGCAGUGUCUUACCGAGAUCUAAGGGUGACGGAAUAUCUUUGGGAUACGGAUAGAGUAAUCGCCGCAAUGAUCGGAUAUUUCAUUCUCUUCUCUGCCAUGUCAAGCGCGAUUCUGGCGGCUCCACAGUGGUACGGACCUCAUGCUUCUCCGGCGCCGUUGGGUCCCGAUGGUCGUGUGGUAGAUACACCGGAAGUCGCGCAGUUGAAAGCUGCUCAUUUAAGUGCUCUAGCGGAAGCUAAUGCACGGGCACCAAAGGGACCGGGAUCCAUAGGAGCUUACCCUGGCACUUACCCUGGCGCUUAUCCCCAGCCCAGCGGAUACUCUUCCGGAAAUUAUCUUUCACAUUACAGCGGACCACCAGCCCCACUAGGCCCGGAUGGUCGCGUAGUUGACACGCCCGAGGUUCAACAAGCCAAGGCCGUACAUUUCUCUCUUUACAAUGCGGAAGCGCGGCGCGUGCCGACCGGUCCAGCCGAUCCAAUUGCUGCUGGCGCCUACGAUCCAUCCUGGAACAAUGGUGCCUACAAUCCUGCUUGGGACGGCCCGGCCAGCAGUUACUAUUAAUUCGACUACACGAAAAAAUGAUCGGAGCGAAAUGCAUUUCCGCUCGUUCAAUGGACGUCGACGAUCCCAUGAAAUCGAUCACACGAUUAGUUGUGUUGAAUCCAUCAAUGAUCCUCGAUAUCCUUCCCACACGAAAAGAACGGUUUUACUGGCGUAUCUAAAAAUUUAGAUAGAAAUUUGAAAAUAAUUUUGUUGGAUCAAAAUAAUUAUGUAAAAUGCUCACAUAAUGAGCAAUGUUGGAAAAAUUUUAAUUUCCAGCUACCACUCAUACAGCACAGAUCAUUUUAAUAAUGUUGCAGCAACAUCCAAUAACAUUGCAAAUGUUGCAACACUUGUUGUAAGCUUCUGCUGUUUUGGCAAUUUGAACAUUUUUUUAUUAUUUUAAUAGUCGAACAAAAUUAUUUUGGGAUUCCUAUUUAUAAGCUAAAUUUUUAGAUAUUUCAGUAAAACUGUUCUUUCCGUGCAGCUACCUCAAGAAUUGGAAGACUAUCACUAAGAUAUUACUAACUACCUCUCCGAUCACUCCGAAAUAAAUGGUUCUCUCUCGCCGAUUCUUCGAUAAUCUUUUCGCCUGCGAUGAUUUUGCAGCGUCACACGUUUCAUGCAUCUCCUAUUUAUCGCGCACAAAUAUUCGUACUUCCGAUGUAUAUGUUAGAAAAAAUAUAUAUUCUUAUGGAACAGCA